GCUCCUCUCAGCAGUACCACGCUGUUCGGUUGAAUGAGCCAAUUGAUUAUAAUGAACUGAAAGUGAAUAUUAGCUUGAGUUUCGUGUUGACGAGGAGCGGUGGAGCCAAAGAACACAAAUAUACCUGGAAGGAUUCAAACAUGGAUGAGGAUGGACUGCCCAUAGUCGGAUCGGGAAUAGAUUUGACAAAGGUACCAGCCAUCCAACAGAAGAGAGUUGUUGCCUUUCUCAACCAGUUUAUUGUGCACACUGUUCGAUUCCUCAACCGAUUCUCCACUGUCUGCGAAGAGAAAUUGGCCAGCGUAUCCAUUCGUAUUCAGCGAAUUGAAACUACUCUCAGUAUUUUGGAAGCUAAGCUGUCCUCCAUUCCUGGUUUGGAAGAUGUGAGAAUAGAAGGGGUAGGCCAAGCUGUCAACUCCAACGGUCCAGUGGUGGUAACCAGCCAGUCGGAGAUCCCUGCAGCUGCUACUCCUGGGGAGACACCAGACCAGCAGAGGACAGAAGUAGUCAUAGAGAACGUCCCAACUGUGUCUACAGACCCACGUUAUGCCAGAUACCUGAAGAUGGUGCAAGUGGGCGUUCCAAUCAUGGCUAUAAAAAACAAGAUGAUCCAUGAUGGCUUGGAUCCCAACCUGCUGGACACUCCCAAUGCACUUGUGCCCGAUGUGGGGAAGAAGGUUGCAGAGGAUGGGGACGAUCACAGCUCCAGUGGUGAAUCAUCCUUCAGUGACUGACUCCGUCUUUGCCUUAGCAAAAAAUCAUCGCUUGGAGACUGUCCCCUCCCAGACAGAAUAUAGAGUGGCAUGUACUGUAAUCUUACAGGGAGACCCUGUGCAGUGUAGGUGACAGGUAGAAGAGGAAUGAAGGGGAGGCAAAUAGGAAGUCCUGCCUCUGUUCAUGACUUAGGUCAGGAUUUGGUCUGUCAUAUAUGCUGAAUGCCAGAAAAGCUAAAAUAACUUUCAGCUCAGACCAUGUGAGAUGACCUCAAAAGAACUAUUUGCACUUUCAUGUCUGUCAGCUCUUAAUUUUUUUCUUAUUGAUGUAAUGACAUUGUGAUUCGCCAAAUGUUCUACUACGGGAGUAUCUAAUCUUAUCCAGAGGGAAGGAGUGGUUGUAGGUUUUUGUUUCAGCCUAGCUCUACGACACCUCAUUCAAAUAAUGAAAUCAUUACGGUCUUCAAUCAGUCACAGACUUAGUGUCUUAGGUCCCUUAGUGCUGGGUUAAAACAAAAACCUUCAUGCACGCCAUGGUUUAAACAAAAACCUGCAUGCAGAAUGGCCAUUUUUGGAUAAUAUUGUUCUGCAAUAUGUGGUGAGGAAUUUUCCAUAUAUAAUAGUUAUAAUAAUAAUAAUAAUAAUAAUAAUAAUGUAUAAAUAAUAAACAUAAAGAUGCAUAAUAAAGAAACAUUUCAGUUCUCAUGUCCUGGUCACUCCGACAACAAAUUUGUGUGGAGCCACUGCCAUUGGGAGGUGCUUCCCCUUCAAUGUGAGAUUUAUGAUAUGUUAUGAAAGUAGCUGUACAUCCAGUGACAGAUUAUCACAGCCUGACUUUUUUUAGUAAUCAGUUGCGAGUUAAACUAGGAGAAUGUCAGAAACGACAAUGACCAAAAAUACUCUGAAAACAGCAGCUGUGAAAUAAACUGUGGCACUGGGCAAAAAAGUAACUUCCUAAAAACACUAAUUCAAAUUUUUAAGGAAAUGUUUUUACAUUAAAAACCUAUGUUACAUUUACAUAUUUAUUUUUCUUCAUGGCAUGUUGUGUAUAUUCAAAGAUAAACUGAGGCCAGAUAAAUAAACUGUGCAUGACAUACAUAAUUUUUAUUUAGCUAAAUCAAUGGAGAGUUCAGAGAAAAAUAAACCCCCACAGUUCUUGAUUUCAAAUGUUUUCACUGAAGGUACUUGGUUGUUUUUACACUACGAUAUUUUCUACUGUCACUAGGUGGCACGUUUGGCUUGAAUUUCGUCAAGCAUGGCUGGAAUGACGUUUGCUCCCAUCAUGCUGAAGAGUUAUGCUAAUUAGAAUCAGCUGGUUUAGUGCAUGGUGGUGGAGCAAAUUCAUGGUCAGUCUUUUUACUCUUUGAAGCCGGGUUACCCACCUCUGCCAACUUCUUGUGUAUGCUGUGGUUGCAGGAUGGAAAUGCAUAAGAGGAAUAGAACAUUAAAUUAAUAAUUUUGUAAUUUAAUUGCACUGUAGUGGAAGCUCAAUUUAGAGAUGGGAUAGUUUUUUAAUGGUCUGUCGAUUUGAAAUUGAUGGGAAUUGCAAAUCAUAUGGAUUAGAAGAUAUUGACUGUUAUUGUUUGUUAAAUAUUUUUGUCCUAUCAGAGCUUUCAAUGAGAUAUUUGUGAUAAAGGAAUGCCAACAAUGAGAGCAGAUGAUUCCCAGAUAAUCAAAAAAACACCCAGAAAGUCUACUCUUUAUCUCUCUCCUAGCCAAAAGAAUUUGGCCUCUGUCACACACACAGUCACAUCCACUGUAAAAUUGACCAUAUUUUCCUUUUGCCUCUUAUUUAGCCCUGACAUUGAUUCUAUUUAUAUUUAUAUGCACAUACUGAAUUAUUUUAAUUGGUGCACCUCUGUUUUUAAAAUAAAUGCUGAAAUCUGGUAAUUUCUAUGUAUUUAUAUUCUGGAUUCUCUGCAACAAGUUACUUAUUAAUGGUCAGACUGAAAAUAAAUAAUUCUCUAAUUGA